AUGGUGCAUGCCUGCUCUUCUUCUGGGGGCCCCCUUUCCGCAGCCUCUGCGAUUUCCGGGGCCCCUCGGUGUCUGUCCAGGGGCCCUGUAGGCGUCCAUCAACAUGAAAUACGGCCGGCAGACACCCUCAUUUCUAUCGCUGGGGAGUAUAAUGUGCCACUGGCCGAAUUGAUGCGUCUGAAUCGGCUCAGCAGCUCGGAGAUUUGGUUCAGGAAGCAUCUCUGCAUCCCUUGCAGGGACCCUGCCUGCCGCGAGCACUCAGACACUCUCACGACCAAGCAAGAAGUCCAUGAGGGCUCAAAUGUGGAGCCUUCGGACAGAGAGGAGGCUCCCUUCAGAGCUUGUAACGUAAUCACACGCAUGUCUACGGAGAAGCUACAAUCUGAGGCGGACAAUGUAGAAGAGUGCAAAGGAGCCCCUCAAGCCAUUGCGCGGGAGCUUCAGGAUGUGGCAGGGGCGAGGGGUCCCCCUGAGGCCCCCCUGAGUGAUGUCUGUGACGAGCUGCAGCGGAGCGCUAACUUGGCAAUGCUUGUCGAAGGUUUGGUGAGGGAGACUGAGAUUCAUCCGAGACUGGCAAGGCACAGGAUCCUUGCGCGAGAUCUGGAAUAUGACUUGGCUCUGCGCGACUGCCUAGACCUCCGUCGCUGGCAGCGCGAGUUGGACUUGACAGUUCCUGAAGUCCUCUCCUAUUUGGUACUUCACGAUGACGACAUCGACAGGGCGUAUGCAGCGCUCGUUGAUGACGCUAAUUGGCACUCGGAAAUUCACAAGGCCAAAGCACGCCUAUCCCCUCCUCGCUCGUCUUGGAUCUCCCAAAUAAUUCCCCGUUUCUGCGUAAGGGCCUCCACUGCAGCUAACAGCAUAGGCCUGGGGCCCCCAACCGGGGCUGCGCAGGGCCCCGAAGUGUACCAGGGAGCCUGGGGGAACGUAGUCGCUCCUGCGACAGGAUCACCUCAAAGGAUUGGGGAAAACAACAGAGGGGGUCUCCCAGUCACAGUGCCUGCUCAACUGAUUGGACGGCCGGCUACUGCGGCAGGUGUAAGCCUUGUCGAGGGUACUCUGGACCCCUCCAUUCCAGAGUUUUUCUCCACCUCUCUAGAAGGACUCAGGAGGAGGAGGAGGGGAGUCUCCGGCUGCACAGAAGCUGCCACUUUAGGAGCCUCCUUGGGAACCCUUUUGCAAGCGCCUAUUGGGACAGCAGUGGACGAGGUGGCCGACCACGUAGACACGCAAGACCAGUAG